UUGUUUACAGCUUGAAGUCCGACUGCUCUGACUUCAGCCUCUUCAACCUGUUCCUGCAACGAAAAUGUCGUACUUUCUUCUGUUUUUGUUUUCGACAAUCCUGGUCUGCAGGGCUGCUCUGUGUCCGUGUGAGAAACCGGAGCUUUGUCAACAGAUCCGCGAGGAGAGAGACUUUGAGGUGUUUGUGUUUGAUGUGGGUGGAAAGACAUGGACGUUCUACAACUGGAGCAUGGUGACGACAGUGGCGGCGUUUGGAAAAUAUGAUGCUGAUCUCAUGUGUUACGCUCACUCCAAAGGAGCACGGGUUGUACUUAAAGGUGAUGUUCACCUCCCCUACAUUGUGGACCAAUAUAACCGGACGGUGUGGAUAACGGAGAAGUUAAACUUGGCCAAGAGUCAAUUUAUGGAUGGGAUCAACAUCGACAUUGAACAAGCAGUGGAGGAGGGCUCCCCAGAGUACCAUGCUUUGACAAACCUGGUCAAAGAGACCACUGAGGCCUUCCACGGUGCGAUACCCGGCUCCCAGGUGUCAUUUGAUGUUGCCUGGUCACCAAAUAGUAUCGACAAACGCUACUAUGAUUACAUUACCAUCGCUGAAUCCUGUGACCUGCUGUUUGUGAUGUCCUAUGAUGAACAGAGCCAGAUCCUGGGGGACUGUAUUGCAAUGGCAAAUGCCCCACUCUCUCAAACAUUGAAUGGGUAUGACCAGUUUUUGAGUCUGAAGAUUGAUCCAAAGAAGCUCGUCAUGGGAGUGCCAUGGUACGGCUAUGACUACCCGUGCCUUAACUUUUCCCAAGAGGGAGUAUGUUUUAUAGCCAAAGUUCCUUUCCGCGGAGCCCCCUGUAGUGAUGCAGCUGGAACACAGAAAACAUACAAGUGGAUCAUGAAGCAGGUCAACACCUCGAUGUCCGGCAGGCUCUGGGACGACAAACAGCAAGCUCCAUACUUCAAUUACAAGGACCAGAAAGGACAGAUUCAUCAGGUUUGGUACGAUGACCCACACAGUAUCUGUCCGAAGGCGGAGUCAGUGAAAUCUAAAGGUUUGAGGGGCAUUGGCAUGUGGAACGGAAACAUCUUGGACUACAGUGAUGAACCGGUUGCCAAGCAGCAGACUGCAGGGAUGUGGAAUGCACUCAGUGGAUGUGAGCUGGGAUACACUUGACACUGCUUCAAAAAUGUACAUGGGCCCCCUCCCGUUUGACAAGACAUCCCUUCGUCGCAGUAAAGGGGCGGGGCUUCUCUCUGUCCAGGGAUGCAUACUCGCACUUCAGAGUUUAUUGUGACUUUUAUUGCUUUUGACUGUUGUUACAUUACUUUCCUCUGCGGGAACUGAAUAAACGUAUCCUUGAAAAAUAAGGAAAAACUAUAUUUUUAAUGUAACGCAGACAAUAUUUUUGAUUGACAAAUAUUGAGCUUACUCAGAUCUUUGCAAUGUUAUGCUUUUCAAAAAUAAAAUAUGUACAUAUUAAUAUGUAAGUUGUUGAAGUUGAAUAACCAGUUAGACAGUUCAGGCUCUUCUCUUAACUAGCUUACAGCACCUGAGAAAUUCAGAAUGUCAACGUUGUCAACAUUGCAGAAAAAUCAGAUCACAUCAAACAUUAAGUAAUAUAAAAUAUAUAUUGUAAUAUAAAAUGCGGAAAAAGCAAUAUAUAGGUACAUUUUAUGGAAUACUAUAAUAUAAAGUAGUUUUUUAAAGAUGUACUAUCAUAUUAUGACAAUUUGAUGUAGUUAUACUAUGCCUAAUGGCAUUUUAUAAUGAUAUGCUAUACUUGUGAUACCUUAAAUACAACCAGGGGAUGUAUAAUGAGUACACAGGGUCCUCUUGUGGUCCUGCUGCUUAUUUUCCAAUCAGGUCACUGCCUCUCUCGGUCUCCCUGUUUCUGCCUGCAGUGUAGUUGUAUGUUAAUCUGUUGGAGAAGGUGUGUUGGGUAGAAUCAUGUCUGCUGCUUCAGGUAAUAGACCGAGAGUGUUAAAGAAGAAAAAUUCUUCCAGGUGAGUUCUGAUUUCCAUAAGUUGCUAACGCAUGCUGAAUGCAUCUUGUUUUGAGCGUGCAGGAAGGAAAUUAAAACUCAACUGGAAGAAAACAUUAAUGCUUUUAGUCAAAAAAAACAUACCAAAACAUAUGAUGGUGAUGCAUUUUGAUCUUGUGUCGACGAAAUAAGCGUGAUGUGAUUUGCAUACAUGCAUGAACUCUUGGCUUAGAAUGGAUGUAUGUCAGUGUGUCUGAGUAAUAAACAAAAAAGGAUUGUG